AGAAGAAGAAGAGAGGGUCUUCUCUUCUCUCUCUCUCCACAAAUUGCCUCUUCACUUCAAAUUUCACAAUUCUCUCUCUCUCUCUCUCUCUUCUUUGUUUCUCUCUCUAGCUCGGCUGCUCUGCCGCGACGUCGUUUUGGGGGUUUUGGGGCGUGUGAUGAUGAAGGGGGAGUUGAACAACACGGAUCUGUUCGACCCGAGGACGACGACGACUUCGGUGAUGGAACCGGAGUUCUCCGGCGCCGGAGCGCGCACGGCGACGUCAUCGACCGACGCCGAUUUCGCCUUCGCCUUCAACGACAGUAACUUCUCCGACCGGUUGCUCCGGAUCGAGAUCACGGGUGACUCGCCUGACUCCCGCCCCGAUUCCGAUGCAUGCGCCAGUAUCGCCGAUUGGGCUCGCCACCGCAAGCGACGGAGGGAGGAUUUCAAGAAGGAAUCCUCUGUUGUGGAGCUCACUGACUGUCCGGAGGAGCAAAUCUUGAAUGACAAUCAGCCUGAUAUGGAUGAUGAGCCCUGUGAAAAUCAAGAUGAAGAUGCAGUUGCUAUGGUUGAAGAAUCACCUUCAGGAGAUGACGGUGCAAACAGCAUUGACUCAGACUGGGGAAUGGAUUGUUCUCAAGUUGUGAGAAUCAAAACAUUACACAUCAGUUCUCCAAUUUUGGCAGCAAAGAGUCCCUUUUUUUAUAAGCUCUUUUCAAAUGGAAUGAGGGAAUCCGAACAGCGACACGUUACCUUGCGAAUCAAUGCCUCAGAAGAAGCCGCCUUGAUGGAGCUCCUUAAUUUUAUGUACAGUAGUACCUUAAAAACAACAACAGCUCCUGGUUUGCUGGAUGUGCUGAUGGCUGCUGACAAGUUUGAGGUUGCUUCAUGCAUGAGACAUUGCAGCCGACUGCUGCGGAAUAUUCCCAUGACACCUGAGUCUGCUUUGCUUUAUCUAGAGCUUCCUUCUAGUGUCCUAAUGGCUGAAGCAGUCCAGGCAUUGACUGAUGCAGCAAAGCAGUACCUUGCUGCUCGUUAUAAGGACAUAAGCAAGUUUAUCGAUGAGGUGAUGGCCUUACCCCUAGCUGGAAUUGAGGCAAUUGUAUCGAGUGAUGAUCUCCAAGUUGCAUCAGAGGAUGCUGUGUACGACUUUGUCCUGAAAUGGUCCCGGACUCACUACCAAAAAUUGGAAGAACGACGAGAAAUCUUGGUUUCUCGACUUGCACGCUACAUUCGCUUUCCAUACAUGACUUGUCGGAAGUUAAAGAAAGUCUUAACCUGUAAUGAUUUUGACCAUGAAGCUGCAUCCAAGCUUGUGCUUGAGGCUCUCUUCUUCAAGGCUGAGGCCCCACAUCGGCAGCGAGUCCUUGCAGCAGAGGAGUCUGCUACCCUUAAUCGACGGUUUGUGGAACGGGCAUACAAGUAUCGCCCAGUUAAGGUGGUGGAGUUUGACCUUCCCAGGCAGCAAUGUGUAGUGUACCUGGACCUGAAGCGCGAGGAGUGUGCAAAUUUAUUCCCAUCCGGACGAGUGUAUUCUCAGGCCUUCCACUUGGGUGGACAAGGGUUCUUCCUCUCUGCGCAUUGCAAUAUGGACCAGCAGAGUUCUUUCCAUUGUUUUGGGCUCUUUUUGGGGAUGCAGGAGAAGGGAUCAGUGAGUUUUGCCGUGGACUAUGAGUUUGCGGCGAGAUCAAAGCCAACAGAGGAAUUUCUUAGCAAAUACAAAGGCAACUACACAUUCACUGGGGGCAAGGCAGUUGGCUACAGAAACUUAUUCGCCAUACCAUGGACAAACUUCAUGGCCGAUGAUAGUCUUUACUUUAUCAAUGGUGUCCUCCAUCUUAGAGCGGAGCUUACUAUCAGGCAGUGACUUCUCCUCCAUGCUUUGUCAAGUUGUAGUAGUUUGUUUUUACUUAAGCCUGACCAUUUUACUUUUGGUUGCUUGUUGUCUUUGCUUGUACCCGCCUUUUCCUAGUAAAUUUAGAGAAGGCACCUGUAAUAACUGAACAGACGACUCUGUGAGGCUUAAAUAUGAUUAGAAGCACUUGCUUCUCAUUCCAGU